GAUGCGGGGGGCCCACCAAGCGACAACUUUGUGGUUCGAACUUUGUACGGACUAUUUCCUUCACGCUCUCCCUGAUGGUCGAGCUCGAGCAAUUCGAGUUAUAUAACAUUAAGUUGACAAGAUAACAGAAGAAUACAAAAGACAAGGAAGAUAAAGAGUCAAAUGGUCCGAACCUGCAUCAUUGCACGCCUGUUAGCAGCUUGAUCUAUUGGUUUACUGAUGAAAUUUGGAAAACAAAUUAAGACACACUGUGAUUUCUCGUAAGCAUGGCGUCAGUGUUGUCACAGCUGAUGGGUGAGUGGAUGGAUGUUCAGGGACUCCUGAUAUUUCUGUGCGUGCUGCUGUUUGUGAAACACCUGCGAGAUGUUCAGUCCAAGAACAUGCCACCAGGACCCUUCCCUUUUCCUCUGCUUGGAAACGUAAUGAAUAUAGGCUUUAGUGAUCCAAUGGAGGUUUUUCCGAAGAUUGCUGAGAGGUAUGGAGAUGUAAGCACAUUUUAUCUCGGGAACAAGCCAUGCAUUCUGCUCACUGGAUACGAGACUUUCAAAGAGGCGUUUGUGGAACAGGCGGACAUCUUUACAGACCGGCCGUACUUCCCUGUGAACGACAAGAUCUGUAAAGGGAAAGGUCUGAUCUUCUCCGGUGGGCACAUGUGGCGUCAUCAGAGGCGUUUUGCUCUGGCAACACUGAAGUAUUUUGGUGUGGGCAAGAAAACUCUAGAAAACUCCAUCCUGCAGGAGUGCCACUUCGUCUGUAGUGCUUUUCAAACCAAGCAAGGUUUGCCAUUCAACCCUCAUCACAUCUUGACCUAUGCGGUGGGCAAUAUAAUAUGCAGCCUGGUUUUUGGCUACAAGUUUGAGUACGACAACCAACAUUUUCAUGAGCUGUUGCAAUAUUCAGAUGACACCUUCAAGCUGCCCAUCAACGUCUGGGGCCGGUUGUACAACACAUUUCCCGCUGUGAUGUCCUUGCUGCCAGGAAAGCACCAGACUGCGUUUGCCAACCUUUCCAAGCUUAAGCUCUUUUUUCAGGAGGAAAUCAGGAAGCACAAAGAGGACCGAAACCCAUCCAGCCCUAGAGACUACAUUGACUGUUAUCUGGAUGAAAUUGAGAAGUGUAAAGACAGCGAGGCAGAGUUCACCGAGGAGAACCUGAUCCACUGUGUGUUGGAUCUGUUUGGAGCAGGAACAGAAAGCACUGCUAAAUCACUCAGCUGGGCUUUACUCUACAUGGCCAAGUAUCCAGAUGUGCAAGAGAAAGUCCAGUCUGAGAUCGAUCAGGUGAUUGGACAGACACGCCAGCCGUUGAUGGAAGACAGGACGCAUCUGCCGUACACCUACGCUGUGAUGCAUGAGGUUCAGAGGUUCGCAAAUGUUCUUGCCUUUAUUCCACCGAGAGUUGCCAGCAAAGACACCACAGUAGCAGGAUGCCUCAUUCCAAAGGGUGUGAUGGUGCUGCCAAUGCUGAAGCCAAUCCUAGAGGAUAAGAAUGAGUACAGCACUCCAUAUGAAUUUAAUCCUGCACACUUUCUGGAUGAAAAUGGCAAAUUUUUGAAGAGAGAAAAAUUCAUCCCCUUUUCAUUAGGUAAACGGAUGUGUCCAGGUGAGCAGCUCGCUCGUAUGGAGCUCUUCCUCUUCUUUAUCUCGCUGAUGCAGCGUUUUACCUUCCUGCCACCUGAGGGACAAACGCUGAGUCUCAAAAGGACAGUUGCCAUCGCUUCUGCUCCUGAACCUUUCCAUAUUCGUGCUGUGCCUCGAAAAUGUGACAUGACUGCAACCUAAAAUAAAAGAAUCAGCUUAUUAAACCACA